AACAGCCAUGUGUUCACAGUGAAGGUGCAGUGAUCGGAGGUAGCGGUGCGUUUGUGCAGCGUUGUCAGACCAUGUUGACCAGACUGCAGGAGUGCUGCCCCCAGCUGGACACAGAUGGACUGGACAACAUCUGGAUCAUCAAACCAGGGGCCAAGUCAAGAGGGCGUGGCAUCCUGUGCCUGAACCGCCUGGAGGACGUGUUGGCUCUGGUUGACUUAGACAGAGCCAUUAACAAGGAGAGUAAGUGGGUGGUUCAGAAAUAUCUGGAACGUCCUCUGUUGGUCCACGCCACCAAGUUUGACCUCCGUCAGUGGUUCCUGGUGACAGACUGGAACCCCCUGACCGUGUGGUUCUACAGAGAGUGCUACCUGCGGUUCUCCACUCAGCCCUAUUCAACCAAAAACCUCAACAG